AUGAUUGUUCCGGGACAGCAUCUCAGGAAAGUUUACGAGGCCAUUAAGAAGGACUCAAACGGUAGUGAAGAUCAAAGCGUCCUUUGCCUUGCGGCAUCCGUGGACGCGGACUCGGUAUGCGCAUCUCAACUGCUGUUGAACCUCUUCAACCGCGAGAGCAUACAUUUUUCGCUUGUACCAGUGGCCUGCUACGAGGAGGAGGUGAAAACAGUAUUGCUGCUCAAUUGUGGCGCCACGGAGGACGUGCGCAGCCUAUGUAACCUUCCCAGCAACGUUCGCAUCGUCGUUUUAGACCACCAUAGGCCAGUCUGGCAUGGGCACAACAAUGAUGAUGACAUGGAUACCCUUGUGCUGGUUGAUGAUGAUGACCCUGUACCCAAGCCUGCUGUACCGUCGUAUGACCAGCAGCUCGAUAACGAAGUUGCACAAUCCGACGAUUCCGCUAGUGAAUCGGACGGCUCUGAUCUUGAUGACGUUAAUGAUGACGAUAAUGAAGAGGGGGUUGGUUCCGAUGGCGAGCAGACCCGUAAACGUCACCGUGGGCAUGAUGCCGGCGUUUCGCCACCCAAGCGUGGCCCCGCUGCGCGGGCUGAGAACGUUGCCGCGAGGCGCAAACGCGCGGAGGAGGUGGAUGCAUACUACAGCGACCGGAACGGUUACGGAAAGCCCUCGUCGCUACUGCUCUUCUCGCUGUGCCACGAGUUGCAGCACGACGAUAACUUCCAUGUCUGGUGCGCAAUUGUUGCCCUCACGGAGCAGCUGCUAUUCCAGCAAAUUAGCAAGCAGCAGUAUAACACGUGGCGGGACAAGCUAGCUGUCCACGUCACGAUGCACCACGACCAGGACCAAGAGGAUGCUGCACAGGACGGCAUUUCAAGUUUGCUGUCCAUGCCGCGGCACAAAGUGCACGUGGAGGCGUGCGAGGAUUUGCGCCUGACACUGCUGCGAUACUGGACCAUCGAGGACAGCUUGAGGUACACGUGCUACGUCGCUGCACGGCUUCAAACGUGGCGGCAAAAAGGGCUGGACAACCUCCGUAGCUUGCUUACGUACAUGUGCAUCCCGCUAAAGCACGCGAGCACAGCAUACAAGGGACUACGCGAGGUGUACAACGGUCAACUACGGAGUCAGUUGCCGCGCUUUGCUCCCCAGCAUAUGCUUGCUUGGGACUCUCUUCACUUCAAUAGCUUUCGCUUGCUGUACAAGCACGAGGAGCUUGGUGCGUCGGACAUGGUCUUCGCCCUCCUGGGCUUGCUGACGGAGGCCGAGCCCGGCAACCCGGACUCACAGCGAACCGCCUUUAACAACGCGCAGAGCGCCCUUCACGUGCAGCGCAAUCUUCAUAUCGUGGAGCGCGGCGUGGAAUUGGCCAAGCAGAUGUGCCAAGACGUCGUGCACGAGUGUGGACUCAUGAUUACAGCUGGCAAGGUCAAGGGCGGUCGUUCAGCCGACUACCGCUGGGUCAACGUGGCAGAUAGCAAUGCUUUGGCCAACCCGCGCUUCAGGCACCCCACCGUGCUAAAAUACAUGGCGCUGUUCCUGCGUGACGCCACUAGUUGCCGAUACAGCUCCAGCGACGCCCGAAGGCCCAUGGUCGUCGCCGGGGCCGCCGAUGAACGCGGCUUGUGCUGUCUGGUGUCCGUUCACGCAAAGCACAUAUCGGGUAACCGAUUGCAGAACAAUCCGUUUGCACGGCCCUUUAUCGAGACGGCUAGCGCUCUCAACAUAGUCCCCCUCAAGAGUGCUUUUGAGAACGCCACUUACCACAUCCGCAAGGAGGACGUCACGGCCUUUCUGGGCAAACUACAGGACGUGGUUGCCGACUACCGAGCGGUUGCACAACAGGCACAGGCAGUGCAAGGAUGA